AUGUACAUAUGUUAACUAUUUAAGCAAGAACACAUUUCAAUCAAAAUGUUCGCAUAUAUAAUAACUGAGCGAGCAAAUGCAAUUUUAGUUGACUCUAAGAUGUCAAAGCUAUUGCAAGUGUUACUGGGACUGAGCAUGUUGCUCAGCCUGUGCUUGGCUAUUCGGCUAAAUAAGGCAACAGCCUUGCGCAAAGAGGUUUGCACAAAAGAGGCGGAAUAUGGCGAUUGCCAUGGUGGCCAAACCAAGUGGUACUACGAUUUUGUGAAGGAUGACUGUGUGCAGUUCACUUACAGCUCGUGUGGCGGCAACAGAAACCGCUUUAAUAGCAGAGGGGGCUGUACAGAUUUUUGCAUGGAUCCUAGUACCAAGUACUAUAUGCAAGAUUUCGAAAAUGUUUAGCCAACCAAACUUAAACUAAAAAUAAAAUAAUAAUUUAAUAGUGUA